UCCAGUUCCAGGCUCAGCGCGUCGCACAAGUCCAUGUCCGCAGGCAUAUUCCUGCCACCUCGCCACAAAUCGGGGAUUCCCUUCGCGUUUGGACAGUGACCCCACCUGCCAGCUUCACAUGCCACCAAAAACGAACGCGUGACGUCGUCGUCUUCCCUUCUCAUCUUCUUCCCCCAACCUCCCGUGUGUCCUCGAAGUCUCAGCCACUCGCAACUGCCCAGCGGCCACACGCUAGCCAUGGAGUCCUGGGUAUCACCAAUCUCCGGCGCCGGCGCCGCCGGCACCGGCGGAGGGCGCGGGAGAGCGGCGGACGACACCGCCUUCUCCUUCCUCUCCAAGGGGUGGCGCGAGGUGCGGGACUCGGCGAGCGCCGACCUGCGCCUCAUGCGCGCGCGGGCCGACUCGCUCCGCACGCUCGCCGACCGGGAGCUCGAGCACCUCCUCGCCUCCGCCGCCGCCGCCCCGCCGCCGCCCCUCGCGGCGGGCGCGCCCAUCGCCGAGCUCGAGUUCGUGCGCAACCGGAUCCAGCCCAAGAUCUCCGAGCUGCGCCGCCACUACGCAUCGCGGGAGCCCGGGCUGCGACGGCGGGUGCUCGACCGGUGGGUGCCGCCCCGGGGCGCCACCAGCGCCCGCGUCGACCUCUCCGGGAUCACCGCCAUCCGGAACGCCAUCGUCUUCGAGGCCACCGGGGAGGCGGAGGAGGACAAGGAGUGGGAGGUCGUCAGGAUCAUACGUGGCGGAAUCAAGGAGCUCGAGCGCCGGAGCCAGGGCAGCGAGAUUCUUGGUGGUUUCCGUGGCACGGGCGACCUCGUCGAGAAAUUCAAGUCCAGACUGAAACCAUUUAACGUGGAGUCUGAUGAUUACAAGGAUGUUCCCCCACUAUAUGUAACUGAAAUUCUGGCAAAUUUAGUCAGGCAGUCCGGACCAUUUUUGGAUCAACUUGGCAUAAGAAGAGAUUUAUGCGAUAAGCUAGUGGAGACAUUGCAUAGCAAACAAAAUCAUUCCCCUUCAGCAGAUAUGUCCUUGCAUGGAAAUGAUAACUCAGUAGAUGAGCUCGAUUUAAGAAUUGCUAGCGUGUUACGAAGUACUGGCUAUCACGCUGAUGAUGGUUUCUGGAAUGAACCUGCAAAAUAUGAGGUCUCUGACAAUAAGAGGCACAUAGCUGUAGUCACCACAGCAGGCCUACCAUGGAUGACUGGAACAGCAGUUAAUCCAUUGUUCCGUGCAGCUUAUUUGGCAAAAAGUGCAAAACAAGAUGUGACACUAGUUGUGCCUUGGCUCUGCAAGUCAGACCAAGAACUUGUGUAUCCAAAUAGCAUGACCUUCAGUUCGCCAGAAGAGCAGGAAACUUACAUAAGAAACUGGCUGGAGGAAAGACUAGGCUUUGAAUCGAACCUAAAGAUAUCCUUCUAUCCUGGCAAGUUCUCAAAGGAGCGCCGCAGUAUCCUUCCUGCUGGGGAUACCUCACAGUUCAUUUCGUCAAGUGUAGCUGAUAUAGCAAUACUCGAAGAACCAGAGCAUCUCAACUGGUAUCAUCAUGGGAAACGUUGGACUGACAAGUUCAAUCAUGUAGUUGGCAUAGUUCACACAAAUUACCUUGAAUAUAUCAAGAGAGAGAAGAAUGGGGCUCUUCAAGCUUUCCUAGUUAAACAUAUCAAUAAUUGGGUGACCAGAGCAUACUGCGACAAGGUUUUACGGCUCUCUGCAGCAACUCAGGAUCUUCCUAAGUCUAUUGUCUGUAACGUUCAUGGUGUAAAUCCGAAGUUUCUUAAGAUUGGAGACAAAUUGACAUCUGAUGUGGAGAGCGGGCAGCAGUCAUUUUCCAAGGGGGCAUACUUCUUGGGAAAGAUGGUCUGGGCCAAAGGUUACAGGGAACUGGUAGAUUUGUUGGCCAAACAUAAAAGCGACUUGGAAGGAUUCAAGUUAGAUGUAUAUGGAAGUGGCGAGGACUCGCAAGAAGUCCACUCUACUGCCAGGAAACUCGAUUUGAAUCUCAACUUCUUCAAGGGAAGGGAUCAUGCAGACGAUUCACUCCAUAGGUAUAAGGUUUUCAUUAAUCCAAGCAUUAGUGAUGUCUUGUGCACAGCAACAGCAGAGGCUCUUGCAAUGGGGAAAUUUGUCGUCUGUGCAGAGCAUCCAUCAAACGAAUUCUUCAUGUCGUUCCCGAACUGCUUGACAUACAAAACCUCAGACGAGUUUGUCGCCAGAGUGAAAGAGGCCAUGGCUAGAGAGCCCCAACCUCUCACUCCUGAGCAAAGGUACAACCUUUCAUGGGAGGCAGCGACGGAGAGAUUCAUGGAAUACUCAGACCUCGACAAGAUUCUGAAUGACAAUAGCACCCCCCUGCCCGGAGAAAGCAGGAGGAGAAGAACCUCCCAGCCUAGUCUGUCGAAUGUCGUGGACAGUGGAUUGGCAUUUGCGCAUCGUUGCCUGACCUCUAGUGAGGUCCUCAGGUUGGCUACAGGCGCGAUUCCUGGUACACGCGAUUACGAUGAGCAACACCGCGCUGAUAUGGGCCUGCUGCCUCCCCAGUAUUCUGGCAGAUACCAUGGAGUAUUAAAGAAUUUGAGGGCGCCCUGACGAUUGUCAAAAUCGCAUGUUCUCUUGACUGCUGAUUAUUCUUGCAUUUUGAUUCGGCAGUGAGGCUGCUAUAAAUCAUAGCCUAAUGACACUUUGUUUGGAGAUUUACUUCGUUAGGAGUAUCUUGCAUCUAGACUGAAAACCUAUGUCUAGUUUACACUUGUUGGUUCUGACGGUGACGACGGUCCCUUUUUUUGAAUGCUAUAGCAAUGUCACAGACAGGUUAUCACUUUCGAUUAUACAUUAACUUGUACUCC